AUGGAAAAAGAACCGCGGGAGAACGCCAAUGCAUUGGACGGACCAGAUCAAGACCGUCACUGGCUAUCCCGCUGGAAGCUGCCAUUCGGUCGGCAGGAAACAGAGGGCUCUGGACGGAGAUUAUUGCCGACAUCAAAUAAUGGGUCGCCGAACUUCCGUUUUCGGAAGACGGAAUUAAGAAGAAGGUCGGCUUGGUUUGUCGACGGUUUCAUUCUCGACGGAUACGUGAUUGUUAACGUUUUAACCGAGUUUUUACCGCGCUCGUCGUAG